AUGAUACGGUCCGCGGAGACAUGUCAGUGCCCGAUACAGGAGAUAGGCCCGUCAAUGGCGGAAACUUGCUCGGGGCAGGCUGUGCUGCUAUUCAUGACGAUAUUGGAAGCCUUCAUAAACGGCCGCUGCGACUUGGCCGACCCCUGCAAUCGACUGAAUAGUAAAGACGACCUACACGACUCUUACGACUUUGUCGUGGUUGGUGGCGGUACUGCAGGGGCAGUUGUCGCCGGACGGCUAUCAGAAAAUCCGCAAUGGAAGGUCCUACUCCUAGAAGCUGGUGGCGAUGAACCAACGCCGUCAGCAGUGCCGGCGUGGGUGACAGCAUACUGGGAGCGCAACGACACCGAUUGGCUUUACUUUACUGAGCCUCAAGAAAAAGCGUGUCUUGCUUACGGAGGAAAAUGCUACUGGCCUAGAGCAAAACUUCUUGGUGGCUGUUCAACAAUCAACGGCAUGAUGUACAUGCGAGGACAUGCAGCAGACUACGACGGUUGGGCAGUCAACGGCGCGACCGGCUGGUCCUGGCACGAAGUGUUCCCGUACUUUUUGAAAAGUGAGAAUAACAAGGAGAUCGGUGCCGUAGUGUCACAUGAAUAUCACAACGUAGGGGGGCCGAUGCCUGUUCAGAGAUUCCGCCAUGCACCUGAGUUUGCUCACGACCUGGUCUCAGCAUCGCUCGAACUUGGUUGUCCACCCACUAAUGACUUGAACGGCGAUAGUUCUACGGGAUUUACUGUAGCCCAAACAUUUAACGACGGCGGUUCAAGAUACAGUACAGCACGUGGUUUCCUUCGGCCUGGAGCGAAACGUGAAAAUCUUCAUGUUGUUUUUAACGCACUGGCAUCUAAGGUGGUGGUUGAUCCAAAUACCAAGAAAGUUACUGGCGUCGAAUAUAUCAAGGAUGGUGCUACCAAAGUGGUUGGCGUUAACAAAGAGGCGAUCCUCUCUGCGGGAACUCUGAACUCUCCGCAAUUGUUACUUCUCUCUGGUAUCGGUCCAAAGGAGACCCUUGAACAAUUCGACAUUCCAGUGGUGCAGGAACUACCAGGAGUAGGACAAAAUCUCCAAAAUCACGUUGGAGUUAAACUCAAAUUUACGCUUAUGAAGGAACCAGACGCACCAAUUCUAGAUUGGGCUUCAGCUAUGGAAUAUAUGCUUAAAAGAGAAGGCCCAUUGGCCGGGACGGGAUUAUCUCAGUUGACCGGCAUGAUGAACUCCAAAUUCGCCCCAGCAGGCGGUCGGCAGCCCGAUAUUCAGUAUUUCUUCAGUGGAUAUCAUGCGAGCUGCGGUGACGGCAGAAACACGGACCCCGAAAACUACGACAGCCUUGAACGCAGGACUGUUAUGAUCACCCCCGUAGCUCUUCAACCACGCAGCAGGGGCUACCUGACGCUGCGCUCAACGAACCCAACCGACCCGCCAGUUAUGCAGCCAAAUUACUUUUACGAUGAUCAUGAAAUGGAUGUUUUAUUGGAGGGGGCUAAGAUAGCGUAUCGACUAGCGAAUACUACAUUAUUGCGUGAGAAGUACGGUAUGGUGCCCGCUCCGGGGUACGGCAAGGGCUGCCCAGGAAGCGGUGACAGCCCCACGGAUGAAUUCUUAAGGUGCCUCGCGCGGAUGUACACUGCGCCGGAAAACCAUCAGGUCGGCACCUGCAAGAUGGGGCCCGUCAACGACCCCAUGGCUGUGGUCGAUCCGCAACUGAGGGUACAUGGAAUACAAGGCCUCAGGGUGAUCGAUGCUGCCAUAAUGCCAACACUACCGACUGGUAACACAGCGGCCCCUACUAUAAUGAUCGCAGAGCGUGGCGCGGAAUUUGUUAUAACCAGACAUCAACAGUUCAAAAAACGACCUGACAAUGGACUAGGUAUCAGAUUCGGCGAGAGCUCACAAAGUAGUGGCACUAACAACGGCCAGUGGAAUGAUAACAGGUGGAGUUACGGAAAUGGAGCAGACUGGCAAAACAAUGAACAAAAAUGGAACAACGGGAAGCCAUGGGACAAAACCUGGAAUUGGGGAGACAAACCACGUGACGACCAGCAUAGCACAGAUUGGCGCAAAAAGUACAACACUCCAACCUAUCCAGAGUCAAUAUAA